UGAUGUUGAUUGGACGAGAAAUAAGAAUUCUUCCCGGCUCAGCCAAUCAGCGCUCAGAUCGAGGUCGCUAUAUCACAGUUAGCCUCAGUUGUGCUCGAGAGCAGCUGAGGAUAUAAUGUACUGUCCGUGAAGUUAACGUUACUGAACUCACAGCAGGAGGAGUAACGUUAAUGGAGUAAAGAUCAAGUUCAUGGGAGAUCAGAAUGGCUUUUGACGGUCAUCAUCAGAGCACAUUUACAAAUUCACUCUUUCCACAAUACCAGCGCCAGGAACAGAACACAGCAGCAUCCUACACGCCCUGGUCUCACAAUGCUCAUGAUGAUCCCUAUGGCCUUACCAACUGUGCCCAGAACAGCAUUAAAAACAGGAAACCCACUGAUAGUACUGACUGUGACGGGGAGACUGAUCUACAGGGUCUAGUGUCAAAUAUUUUGGAUGAAGCAGAUUCACAGGACAGCUACUACAGUCAAGGGAGCCUACCUACAUGUAAUCCCAUCUGGUCUCCAAAGACAUUGAGAGAAGAACUGCUACAGUAUUUUCAAGCGGAGGCUAAAACGCAACAUCACCCUAUCUUUCCUCCAAACUAUGUAUCCCGUGAGGCUCCAGGUAAAACACAGGGACAGUCAGUGGACAAAGAAGUUGAAGAGUUUUAUCAACAGUCCAAUGGCCUUUCUACCAAUCAACAAUGGCUUUUUAAUUUGCCUAAUGGAGACCAGGACAGCUACACCCUCCGUCCUCAGAAACUGCCGCCAGGUCUACCACUGCCCAACACAGGAAACACCUACUUUUCACAGGUACAGCAAAGCAAAUACGACAACUUGCCAGCUGAGAAAGACAGAGGAAAUAGUCAGCCUAUUAAUAAUUUAUCUGACCUCAGUAAUGUCUUUAGACCUCAAAACGAAAUGAACAGCCCAUGCUUUCAUCCUUAUCAUGAAGACCAGUACACCCAGAGCAGCGCAAAGCCCAUCAGUAAUGAGCAGUAUGGGCCACAACACAUUAACCAACUGGUCAGCAGUUUUCAGUCGUUCAUGGCUGGUGAGCAUGACGGCUUAUGUCGUGGAGACUUUCCAAACAUUCACAGGCAGACAGUGGGCAUGCAGCAUGAAGACAGCAUGGCUGAACAAUGGAAAAUCACCAGUCCUGCAAUGUCAACACAAAGUACUCCUGCAAUGAAGACCCAAAGACAGCUGGUGGGAGAAUUUGGGACAUUGCAGAUGGAAAGAAAUGGAGGAGCGAGGAAACAAACAUUCAAGUGUGACGCCUUUCAAGAUCUACCUGGUUUCAGCCCACAGAACACAGAGCACUUCCAGCCACCCAAGCCAUUCUCCGCACCUUUAAACCUCCCAAACCAAUACCAAAGCAACAUGACCAUGCACAGGGAGAACGCUUCACUCCCUGUUAGCAUGAACCAGUAUUCAAAGCAUCACAUCCAGCAGGGCCUGAUACAGAGCAGGCUCAAGCCACAGAUGCAGAGGGAAAAGAAGAGGAUGCACAUGUCUGGCUAUCUAGGAGAAGGCUUCUCUACAAGACCCCUAACCAACACUAACAUGAGAGGGGGAGAUAAGAAACAGGCCCUCUCACAAAACCCGAACUUUGACCACCUGGGGAGCAUGCAGUCUCAGAGAUUUGAUGGAGAAAACAGCAUGGGAAUACGCAGUGUAGGGAACACACAGCAGAUCAUGCCUUCCAUGUAUCCUGUGAAUGACCCCAGAAGGUACUCCAGCGUUCCCAUCACCUCCUCUAACUUCAGCUCCAGAUCCACACUGCCCUACGGAAGCGGUGUUCCUGUCAUGGAUGUGGGUGACAUGAUGUCAGCCAAUGAGUCUGCAGCUUUCUACUCCUAUGCCAGUGACAUAUUGACCUGCAGAAGAGAGACCCCUUAUCAUGGCAUGGCCUCAGCCAUGACAACUUCAAUGAUGAUGAAUCAAGGAGGACCUGUGAUCCAGCUUUACUUCUACCUGGACCAGUGUUACGAGCAGUGGAGGUGUUUGAAGAGGGAGAGAAAGAGGACAGAGGUCAUCCUUUCCACGACAUUUCUUGGGAAAAGUACUGCAGCAGUGGGCUACGCUAACCAUCCCAAAACUCCACCAAAUUCCACAAGAGUCGACCACCUCAUUCUCAACCAGAUGAGAGAACAAGCAAGGGUGGCGAGCCUUCUGGACAGAAUGGAGUGUCUGUGCAACACUCCCCUCCAUAUGAACAUCCACACAGCACUGAGCAGGCAUCAUAUGGCUAUUUGCAUCACUCAGACGAGACGCAAGGAGGAGAUUGCCAUGAUGUCCAAACACCAGCGGCAGAGAGCUCAUUUCACAGAGGACCGAGACACCUUGUUGAUGGUCAUUGCACUGAAAGACCUUGCUGCUACCACGAGGAAGAUCCGCACAGCCCUGUGGUGUGCUCUCCAGAUGACACUACCAAAACCUGUCAAGAGGCAGGACAACCAUGUUAACAGGGAAGCCACAAACAGAGAGAGGGGCUCCUCUCCAUUUGAGGGAUACUCUUUUAAGUUAUGAUUUAGCAGGCAAUAAGCACGAGUUAAAGGUCUCGAUUAAAUUAAAACCACUCCAGAAUGCCCUGAUUAUCCAUUUCCCAUUGGCAACAGGGUGAUGUUAGAAACUAAUGUUACCUGCAAGUCUAUAGUGACAUUUUACCUGCAACACAGCGAUCACUGCAGAAUAUGAGAUGAGCAAUUUGAAGCUUGAUGAUGGCUGCACUUCAGGUUCAGGUGGCUAACUUCUGUUGUGUGGGAGUUGCAUGAAAUGUAAUUUAUCCUGCUGCAUCUUAAUUUCAUUUAAUUAGUGUCAGUUCCAUAUUAACGUGAAUCUUGCUCCAUCACCGUUGUAUUUAAAGGCCCUAUUUAUGAGGAAGAUUUCAGUGAAUUCUUCAGUUUUAGUUAUUUAUUGGAAUGUAUUGGAACCUCAGUUCUGGGUAUUCCCAAGCAAUAAUUGAAUCAUAAGGGCAGUUUAAAAUUAACAUGCUAAAUAUUAAAAUAUUUUCGAAAAUGUUCUAAUUAAUUUCUGCAGCUUCAGUUUUUCUUAUGUAACCUUAACAUGUUGUAAUCAGAAACAAAGUUUGAACUGAUACUCUAAAGAAAGGCUAAAGAAAUGUUCAAUGUUUUAAAUUGAAAUGUAUGUGUUAAUCACAUUUUCAUCAGUGAAAUGUAACAUAGCUAAGUUAAAAAAUAAUUCCCUGGAUGCUGUCAAGUCUUUGAAGGCUGGCUCUAUAUCACUAGUUUAAAAUGAACA